CUGGUGAUAAAAAGGUGGUCUCGGGUAAGCUGAUCUCAGUAUGGAUCUGUUACUUCCCACCAUGAGCUUUCAGGAAGAGUGACACAGGUGUGUGUCAACUGUGCAGUCCUGGUGAUUAGACGGAUGAGCAUCACAGUUUCUAGUUGUCAGUACACCAACAGCUUGUCUUGAAUUUCUCUCUGACGAGUUUCCAUCAAAGUGACAUCAUGGCAUCAUCUGCAGCACAUGCAUCGGAACUCAGGAUUGUGGUCAUUGGAAAGAGCCAGAAUAAAAAGACAAUACUAACCAACUAUAUGACAGGGAAAAAAGACUUUCUUUUUCUGAAAAUGUCCACGCAAUGUACAGUCGCUACUGGACAGUGCAAGAAAAUACCUUUAACAGUAGUGAAAACCUCAGAUGUCUUCAGCCUGCCUGAGGAUAAAGUGAGACACGAGAUGAAAAAGUGUGUCGCUCUUUGUCCUCCUGGACCCAAUGUUCUCCUGCUGUUAGCGAAGCCAUCUGAUUUCAGCGAAGAUGACAGACAAAAGUUAAAGUUCAUUCUGAGCUUUUUUGGUCAAGAUGCCUUUAAAUACUCAAUGGUCAUCUUUACACAUAACGAAGAGGGAAAGAAUUCAGCAGUCGAUAAACUCAUACGAGACUGCAGACAAAGGCAGCACAGAGUUAACUUUGAUAGAAAAGAUCUUUCAGAAUCUGAUCUUGAAGAACUCAUCAAAAAGAUGGAGACCAUAGUGAAUGACAACAAAGGAGCACAUCUAAACUGCACUGAAGGGGCUCAUCACAUGACAGUACCUGUAACUUCCAAACGUCCUCUGAACUUAGUGUUGUGUGGGAGACAUGGAACCUGGAAGACUUUGGCAGCUAAUGCCAUUCUAGGAAAACCAAAGUUUGGUCCACCUGCUGCGUCAGAGUGUGUUAAAAAUCAGGGAGAGGUGUGUGGACGUCAGGUUUCCACGGUGGAGCUGCCUGCCUUGUAUGGAAAAUGUCAGGAGGCACUAAAACAACAUGUAUUUAGGUGUCUCUCCCUCUGUGAUCCUGAAGGUGUCCAUGCUUUCAUCCUGGUCCUACCUGUAGGUCCCCUCACUAAUGAAGACAAGGGUGAGUUGGAGACCAUCAAGAGCACAUUCACCUCUAGAGUGAAUGACUUCACCAUGAUUCUGUUCACUGCGGAGUCAGAUCCUAAUUCUCCAGCUGUUGUUAAUUACAUAAAAAGUGACAGAGACAUCCAGCAUCUCUGUCAGAGCUGUGGUGGACGAUACAUUGUCUUCAACAUCAAGGACAAACAGCAGGUCUCUGAGGUGUUGCAUACUGUGGAGAAGAUGACAUUGGAAGGAUCCAGAUGCUUCACAAAACAAAUGAUCGUCAAGCCUCGAGAGAAAAAGGGUACAGGUUGUAAAUCUGAACAGAAGAUGGCAGGUUAUCAACCUCAGAGCAGAGAGAGUCUCAGGAUGGUGCUGAUUGGGAAGACUGGUUGCGGAAAGAGUGCCACGGCAAACACCAUUUUGGGCAGAGAAUGCUUCACAUCUAGAACCAGCAUGAAGUCAGUGACCAGGCUUUGCCAGAAAGAAACAGGAGAGAUUGAUGGCCGGCCUGUUGCUGUGGUCGACACACCCGGUUUGUAUGACACGUCUCUGUCCAAUGAUGAAGUUAAAGAGGAGCUUGUGAAAUGCAUCAGCUUGUUGGCUCCUGGACCUCAUGUGUUUUUAUUGGUGGUGCAGAUCGGCCGCUUUACACAGGAGGAAAAAAACACUGUGGAGCUUAUCAAGGAGAUCUUUGGCAAGAAGUCAGGACAUUUCAUCAUUGUUAUAUUCACCAGAGGAGAUGAGCUUGAAAAUCAAACAAUUGAGAGUUACAUGGAAGAAGAGAGUGAUGACUUUGUCAAAAAACUGCUCGCUGACUGUGGAGGAAGAUACCAGGUGUUCAAUAACAGAAAUCGGAAGAAUAAUGAACAAGUCAGAAAGCUGUUGAACAAAAUAAAAGCAAUGGGGGAGAAAAAUGGUGGCAGCUACUACACCACAGAGAUGUUUCAAGAAGCUGAGGCAGCCAUACAAAAGGAAGUACAGAGGAUCUUGAAACAGAAAGAAGAAGAGAUGCAGAGAGAGAAGGAGGAACUACAAAGAAAACAUGACGAAGAAAUUCAAGCGAAGAAGAAAAAAAUUAACAAAGAAAGAGCAGAGAGAGACAAAGCACUGAAGGAAAAGGAGGAGUACAUUAACAAAGAACAUGAAAAAAGAAAGAGAGAAGAGGAAAGGCGAGAAGAAGAGAACAGGGAUUCAAAAAUAUAUGAAGAACUUGAGCGACAGCAGUGGGAACAAAAACUUCAAAAUCUAGAGAAAAAAAUCCAGUCUGAAUCAGACAAAAACACAAAUGCUGACAAAAAGCUGAUGCAAAACAGAGAAGAGAUGAGACAAGAACGAGAGGCUUGGGAGAAAGAACGAAAAGAAUGGUGGGAGACACGACAUCGAGAAGAUCAACAGAGACAAGAGGAAGAGCAAACCCGACUGAAAAAGCUCAGAGAAGAAUAUCAGCAGGAAAGAAAUGAAUAUGAAAACAAACGAAAAGAAGAUAGACUCAGAAGAGAACUAGAGGAAAGAGAAUGGAGGAAAGUACAAGAAAACUAUGAGAAAAGAGAGCAAGAAAUCAAGAAGAAAAAUGCAGAAGAGGCCAGAAAGCAAGCUGAAGAAUUCAAUGAGUUCAGACUCAAAUACUCAGCAGACUUUGUAGCUCUGAUGGAAAAGCAUGACAAGGAAAUGGAGGACAUGAAGCAAAAGCAACAAAAAAACAAUGACCUAAUGCUGAGACACUUGCUCACAAACAAAAUGUAUCAGAAAGAGUUUGAGAGGCUGAAGAAGAAACAAGAACAAGAAAUGAAUGAGCUUCAACUGAAUUACUCUGAAGAAAAUGCAGAAGAUCUGGAUGAAGCAAUCAGUGAACUACAGAAAAAACAUGAUGAAGAAGUCAAUGUCUGGGUACAAGAGCAUGCGGAGAAAGCCACAGCAGAUAAGGCUUGCAGCAUUUUAUGAAAUGCUGUCUGUUAUCUAAAUGUCACAAACAUGAUUUAGUUGUCCAACUGUGAGAGCUUUUGGUUUUGAAGACUUCACUGUUUUCCUGUUGAACUACAUUUUUACAUUUACAGUACAUUUUCUGUCUUUUGAUUAUGUACACUUGAUGCUUUUAUGCAGUCCUUCAUAUACAUCUCUAUAUCUAUAUUUCUAACCAAGGUUUGACAUAAACAUAUUGUAUUUUAGUAAGAAAAACUUUCAGAUAAGCCUGACCUGAAAAGUGUGCCACUUUAAAUAAUCUUUUUCCUUUGGAAGUUAAAGAAAACUGACAUUUACUUGUUUUCUUUUUCCCUUAUAAUACACAAGAAACUAAAUGACUAAUCAUAAAAAUAUCAGUGAAACCUGACUACAUGACAGUAGUCACUAGUAAAGCAUGUAACAUGCUUUAAGAGAUCAUUAAGUAUUUAAAUCAUGUACAUGUAAUUUUUUUUUUCUAAAUAAUAAUACCUUUCAGUCUCACAGAGUUAAUAUCAUGUGUUUUUUUCUUUGGUUCUGUUGUGUUCAAGACUAAUACUGUCUGUGUCUUGUUUGAUUUUAUUUUAAUUUUAUGUAAAAUGAAAUUAUUUCCCCAUCCAUUUAGAAUUUGUUUUACCUGAUCAAUCUGGAAAUAUAAUCUCUUGUUUCUUGUUUAUGCAAAUAAACGGAUCAAAUAAAACUGAACAA